ACCUGUCCUAUCCCCCUAAUUUAUUUAGAGCAGGUUCAGAGAAACCCAAGCAGCAUUACACAAAGCCCCCAGUGGUCCUCCUGGGCAACAAGGGGCGCUGCAGAAUUUCCAAUUUCUAUGAUUCUUGUCGGCCUGUAACAAAAGACAAAAGAUUAAUUAAAUUAGUUUGGUUCAGUUCGACAGAGAACAGCUUCCCUGCUCUAAGGGACUUUAUUUUUUAUUUUCGGCGGCGUCCCCCUUUUCGUCCGGCGGCUCCUCCGGCUGGCUCCGCCAUCAUGUCGGGAAUGCAGCAGCUCAGGCUGCUGGUCAGCGAGCGGCUGGCGGCGGCUGCCGAGGAGAUCUUCGGGCUCGUCGAGAGGACAAUAACGGACUACCAGGAGGAGGUGGUCCGCUCCAAGAGGGAGAUCAUCCAGCUGAGGCAGCAGAUCGAGCAGCUCACCGUCUUACAGCCUCGGGUGGCUUUGUUCAAAGAAGAUGUGGAGUCAGUGUCUGAGAACCACAGUCAGCCUCCAGUUGAGGAGCAGAAGGAAACUGGGGACCGUCAGCAGGUUAAAGAGGAGCAGCUGGAUGUCUGCAUCAUCCCAGACCUGGACACCGAUUCCUCUGAGGACGCAAAGGUUUCUCCCUAUGAAUCGGAGGCAACCCCUCAGCAUGACCCCCAGCUGAUACCAAGCGUCAGCUCCAUAACCGUGACUCUGAACAACGCCGAUGAGGGGGACUGGAUCGGGAACUUUAGCACGAGCGCCUUACAUUGCGGGCCGAGCCGCGUCCGGGCUUCUCUUGUGCAGCAGGAGCGCGUCCUGGACAGCAAGUCCUGCCGUCUGUGCGGCGUGUCCUUCAUCAGGGACUGUGACCUGAUCAGGCAUGUGGACGAGUCGCACGCAGGGCAAAAGGCUUUCAAAUGCUUCGCGUGUCACAAGGAGUUCGCCCGGAAAGACAGCCUGACCUUGCAUCUGAGGGUCCACACGGGCGAGAAGCCGCACAGGUGCCCCUUCUGCGGGAAGUUCUUCACCCAGACGUCCAACCUCAGGGUUCACAUGAGGAAACACACGGGCGAGAAGCCCUACUUCUGUAGCUCGUGUGGGAAAAUGGUGGCGCACUCGUACCACCUAAAAACAUGCUCCAGGCGGUCCUCGGUUGCGAUGGACAUCAGCGGGGAGAGGUUUUCAAACUGAACGCAGGGUGUGAAGCUGACUGAAGAGCCACGCAAUCACUGAUCAGACACGGGUGGCAUAUAUACUAACUGAUCAUGAUUACUAUUUAUUAUUAUUUUUUAUAAAUUAUUAUUAUCAUAAAAGGCUUUUUGGAAUCAUAAAAAUAAUUGUAUUCAUAAUAUAUCAGUGUUUAAGUGUUCUAUGUUUACAAAUUCAAGUUUUAUGUGUUGUUUUUUUUUCUUCCCCUACUUAUUGUGAUGUACCUCUCAAUAAAUGUCUGGAUUCUG